UCUUCUGGCCAGGCGGGCGCCGCGAAGAUGGCGCUGCACUUUCAGAGUUUGAGUGAACUGGAAGUAUUAUGUAAUCACCUCUACGUGGGGACUGAUCUUUCACAACGAAUACAAGCUGAGAAAGUACUACUGGAACUUAUUGAUAGUCCAGAUUGUCUCAGCAAGUGUCAGCUUUUAUUAGAACAAGGAACAACAUCCUAUUCUCAGCUACUUGCAGCAACAUGCCUUUCAAAACUUAUCAGCAGAGUGACUCCUCUACCUAUUGAACAAAGGAUAGACAUCCGGAAUUACAUUUUGAAUUAUGUAGCAUCCCAACCCAAACUGGCUCCCUUUGUCAUUCAAGCUCUUGUUCAAGUCAUCGCUAAAAUUACUAAGCUGGGAUGGUUUGAGGUUCAGAAAGAUGAAUUUGCUUUCAGAGACAUUAUUGCUGAUGUAAAAAAGUUUCUACAGGGUACUGUGGACCAUUAUGUAAUAGGGGUGAUGAUCCUUUCUGAAUUGACUCAAGAAAUGAACCUGGUUGAUUAUUCUAGACCUUCAGCAAAACACCGGAAAAUAGCUACCUCAUUCAGGGACACAUCUCUCAAGGACAUUUUAGUGCUGGCAUGCUCACUCCUAAAAGAAGUGUUGGCAAAACCUUUAAAUCUUCAGGAUCAAGUUCAACAAAAUCUGGUAAUGCAGGUCUUGAAACUUGUCCUCAACUGUCUUAAUUUUGACUUCAUUGGCAGUUCAGCAGAUGAAUCUGCAGAUGAUCUUUGCACAGUACAGAUUCCAACAACUUGGAGAACAAUUUUCCUGGAGUCAGAAACUUUGGAUCUUUUCUUUGACUUGUAUCAUGCCCUUCCACCUCUACUGUCUCAAUUAGCACUUUCUUGUUUAGUUCAGUUUGCUUCUGUAAGAAGAUCCUUAUUUAGCAGUCCAGAACGUGCAAAGUACCUUGCAAACUUAAUUAAAGGAGUAAAAAGGAUACUGGAAAAUCCUCAGGGUUUGGCAGAACCAGGAAAUUACCAUGAAUUCUGUCGAUUUUUGGCUCGUUUAAAGACUAACUACCAGUUGGGAGAAUUAAUAAUGGUGAAGGAAUAUCCAGAAGUUAUUAGAUUGAUUGCUAAUUUUACCAUUACUAGCCUCCAGCAUUGGGAAUUUGCACCCAACAGUGUUCAUUAUUUGUUGACUCUGUGGCAGAGAAUGGUAGCAUCUGUACCCUUUGUAAAAUCAACGGAGCCUCAUCUCUUAGAUACAUAUGCACCUGAAAUCACAAAGGCAUAUAUUACUUCUCGAUUGGAAUCUGUCUCCGUAGUCAUCAGAGAUGGCUUGGAAGAUCCACUGGAUGAUACAGCUACUGUAUUUCAGCAGCUAGAACAGUUGUGCACUGUCAGCAGAUGUGAAUAUGAAAAAACAUGUGCUCUUCUUGUACAGUUAUUUGACCAAAGUGCACAGAAUUAUGAGAAACUGAUACAGUCAACUGCCAGAAGACCCACAGAUACAGCAAUCCAAGAAGGACGUCUUGCAUGGCUGGUAUACUUGGUUGGUACUGUUGUAGGAGGAAGACUAACUUAUACUAGUACUGAUGAACAUGAUGCAAUGGAUGGAGAAUUAUCUUGCCGAGUUUUUCAGCUUAUAUCUUUGUUGGAUGCCCAAUUGCCUCGGUGUAGUAAUGAAAAAAUAGAACUUGCAAUUCUUUGGUUUUUGGAUCAGUUUCGUAAAACAUAUGUGGGUGACCAACUUCAGCGAACCUCAAAGGUGUAUGCUCGAAUGUCUGAAGUCUUGGGAAUAACAGAUGACAACCAUGUUCUAGAAACAUUUAUGACAAAGAUUGUUACAAACCUUAAAUACUGGGGAGGAUGUGAGCCUGUGAUAACAAGAACUCUUCAGUUCCUAAAUGACCUUUCUGUUGGUUAUAUUCUUUUAAAAAAACUGGUGAAAAUAGAGGCUGUAAAGUUCAUGCUUCACAACCAUACUAGUGAGCACUUCCCUUUUCUGGGUGUCAAUGAAGGCUUCAAUCUCAGUGACCUCAGAUGUCGAACAACAUUCUACACAGCUCUUACUCGCCUCCUCAUGGUUGAUCUAGGUGAAGAUGAGGAUGAAUUUGAGAAUUUCAUGCUUCCUCUCACAGUUUCAUUUGAAACAGUAGCUCAAAUAUUCAACAACAAUUUUAAACAGGAAGAAACAAAGCGUAUGUUGAUCGCUGCAAGAGAUCUUCGAGGGAUUGCCUUUGCACUGAACACAAAGACCAGCUACACCAUGCUGUUUGACUGGAUCUACUCAGCAUACCUUCCUAUUCUUCAGAAGGCUAUUGAGCGAUGGUACCAAGAACCUGCAUGUACGACUCCCAUCCUGAAACUAAUGGCAGAACUAAUGCAGAACAGGUCCCAGCGUUUGAAUUUUGAUGUAUCAUCUCCUAAUGGAAUUCUUCUCUUCAGAGAGGCUAGUAAAAUGAUUUGCACUUAUGGUAAUCAGAUCCUGUCCCUUGGGAGCCUCUCAAAAGAUCAGAUUUAUCCAAUGAAACUCAAGGGCAUUUCCAUCUGCUAUUCUGCUCACAAGUCUGCCUUAUGUGGGAAUUAUGUCAGCUUUGGCGUCUUCAAGUUGUAUGGGGACAACCAUUUUGACAACGUACUCCAGGCCUUUGUCAAAAUGCUGCUUUCAGUGUCCCAUAGUGACUUGCUACAAUAUCGGAAAUUGAGCCAGUCUUAUUACCCUCUCCUGGAAUGUCUCACCCAGGACCACAUGAGUUUCAUCACUAAUUUAGAGCCUCAGGUGCUCAUGUUCUUUCUUACCUCUAUCUCUGAGGGACUAACUGCUCUUGAUACGAUUGUCUCUUCUAGCUGUUGUACAAGUUUGGAUUACAUUGUGACCUACCUCUUCAAGCACAUAGCAAAAGAAGGCAAGAAAUCACUUGGACGCCGAGAAGUUUCCCAGGAUGGUCAGAGGCUGCUCCAUUUCAUGCAGCAAAAUCCAGAUGUCCUAAAACAGAUGAUGUCUGUCCUUAUGAACACUAUCAUUUUUGAGGACUGUCGGAACCAGUGGUCAGUGUCAAGGCCUCUGCUGGGCCUUAUACUACUCAAUGAGGAGUACUUCAGCAAAUUGAGGGAGAGUCUGAUAAACAGCCAGCCCGUUGGCAAACGUGAAGUCCUGGCCCAGUGUUUCAGGAGCCUGAUGGAGGGUGUGGAACAGAACCUGCUGAUAAAGAACAGAGACAGAUUCACUCAAAAUCUGUCAGUCUUCAGAAGAGAUAUGGCUGAAGCCCUACGCAGUGAUGGCAGCAUAGAAGUGGGCAGUUUAGACAUGAUGAGCUGACCCAAUUUCAAUGAUUCCCAUGAAGAAUAACAUUUUUGAAUAGAAUCUGGCAGGUUUAGGCCUAAGUAUACUGAUGUUGGCCGGCCCAGUGGAAAUUAUUUUUUUUUUUAAAACAAUAUCUGCAUUUUUAUAACUCUGGCCUAAUUGUAAGAAUUUAUAAGCGUGAGAACAAUGUAAAAUCACAGUCUUUGCUUUAAAAAAAAAAAAAGAAGCGUUUUCAACCUUUAUAUUUGUUCUUGUACUGCUGGAAAAUGGUGUAAAAACGAUACUUAACCAAAGAACAAAAUAAA